GUCUAACAUUUCAGGUGGAGAGCAGCUGUUAACAGUCAAUUAAACGCGAUGAAAAUCGUGCUCGAGAGAGAAACAGCGAUAGUGUCUGUCGCGGAAACCACGUCAAUGACCGCCCUCCCCCUCCAGCUUCAAUUCAGUUCAGAACCACGGUCAGCUCUCUCUCCGCGCGCGCGCGCCGCUCAUUGUCAGUACCGUUCGCUGCUAAAUUUAAAAGACUGCCGGAGGAAACCAGAAAACAUCAGCUGCCAAUCGUUUCACGACCCUCCCAGUACUAUCUCCCUUCAACCCGCUAUGGUAAACCGAGAGUUAAACACGUAAGCAGCAACAAUUUAAUUCGGUGGAAGACUACUGGCUGUUGGAGCAGCUUUUUUCACUCGCAGUGAGGGGAAGCGAGAACUUGCGUUGAAAUGUUGGACCCGUCAUCCAGCGAGGAGGAGGCGGAUGAGGUUGUGGAAGAAGAGCGAAAAGUGGUGGCGGCGCCCAAGGCUGGUGGUCCUCGGGUGUCUUCAAGCCGGACCAGCGAAAGCUCUGGUGGGCUGCAGCCGAGCCGAAGCACCAAUGCCCGGCCGACGAGCCCCAGUCCCUCAGUGGCGGUCGAGAAGGAAAAGGAUGAUUUAGAAAAGAUGCAGAGGGAGGAAGAGGAGAGGAAGAAGAGGCUCCAGCUGUACGUCUUUGUGAUGCGGUGUAUUGCCUAUCCUUUUAAUGCAAAACAGCCGACCGACAUGGCGAGGCGACAGCAAAAGAUCAGCAAGCAGCAUCUUCAAACAGUGAAAGAGCGUUUCCAGGCCUUUCUCAAUGGAGACACUCAGAUUGUAGCCGAUGAGGCCUUCAUCAAUGCAGUCCAAAGCUACUAUGAGGUGUUCCUCAAAAGUGACCGCGUAUCCCGCAUGGUCCAAAGCGGUGGAUGCUCAGCCAACGACUCGCGUGAAGUCUUCAAAAAGCACAUCGAGAAGCGUGUCCGCAGCCUACCCGAGAUCGACGGCUUGAGCAAGGAGACGGUCCUCAGCUCAUGGAUAGCCAAAUUUGACACAAUCUACAGGGGAGAAGAAGACCCACGCAAACACCAGCAGCGCAUGACAGCAAGCGCCGCCUCCGAGCUCAUUCUUAGCAAGGACCAGCUGUAUGAGAUGUUCCAGCAGAUUCUUGGCAUCAAGAAGUUCGAGCACCAGCUGCUGUACAAUGCUUGUCAGCUGGACAAUCCUGAUGAACAGGCUGCCCAAAUCAGAAGAGAACUGGAUGGGCGACUGCAAAUGGCUGAUCAAUUCACAAAAGCUGGCCGCUUCCCUAAGUUUGUGUCCAGGGACAUGGAGGCCAUGUACAUUGAGGAGCUGAAGUCAUCGGUGAACCUGCUGAUGGCCAAUCUGGAAAGCAUGCCAGUGUCCAAAGGAGGAGAGUUUAAACUGCAGAAGCUCAAAAGAGGCCACAACACAUCCAUCAUUGACAUGGGCCAGGAGGACGAGAACCAGCUCUCCAAGUCUGACGUUGUUUUGUCUUUCACACUGGAGGUGGUGAUCAUGGAGGUACAGGGUCUGAAGUCUUUAGCACCAAACCGAAUUGUUUACUGCACCAUGGAGGUGGAAGGAGGACAGAAACUUCAGACAGAUCAAGCAGAGGCCUCUAAACCAACUUGGGGUACUCAAGGAGAUUUCACCACCACUCAUCCACUUCCAGCAGUGAAGGUGAAACUCUUCACAGAGAGUACAGGAGUGCUGGCGCUGGAGGAUAAAGAGCUGGGCCGGGUUGUGUUGCAUCCAACACCCAACAGUCCCAAACAGUGCGAGCUCCAUAAGAUGACUGUAGCCAAAGGUUGUUCUGAUGACCUGAAGAUCAAACUAGCUGUCCGUAUGGACAAACCGCAGAACAUGAAGCACUGUGGAUACCUGUGGGCCAUUGGGAAAAACCUGUGGAAAAGAUGGAAGAGAAGAUUCUUCGUCUUGGUUCAGGUGAGCCAGUACACCUUUGCCAUGUGUAGCUACAGGGAGAAGAAAGCAGAGCCGGUUGAACUUCUCCAACUGGACGGAUACACUGUGGAUUACACCGACCCUCAGCCAGGUCUGGAUGGCGGUCGGACGUUCUUUAAUGCUGUGAAGGAAGGAGACACUGUGAUCUUCGCCAGCGAUGAUGAGCAAGAUCGGAUCCUGUGGGUUCAGGCGAUGUAUCGAGCCACGGGCCAGUCCCACAAACCCGUCCCCCCGACCCAAGUGCAGAAACUCAACGCCAAAGGAGGAACGGCACCGCAGCUUGAUGCUCCCAUCUCUCAGUUCUCUGGACUGAAGGAUGCAGACCGAGCUCAGAAACAUGGAAUGGAUGAGUUCAUCUCCGCCAAUCCUUGCAAUUUUGACCACUCUUCCCUAUUUGAGAUGGUUCAGCGGCUCACACUGGACCACAGACUCAAUGAUUCCUACUCCUGCUUGGGUUGGUUCAGUCCAGGCCAGGUGUUUGUAUUAGAUGAGUACUGCGCCAGGUAUGGAGUUCGGGGUUGUCACAGGCACCUGUGUUACCUGAGUGAUCUGCUCGAGAGGGCAGAGAAAGGAUCCAUGAUCGACCCCACACUACUGCACUACAGCUUUGCCUUCUGCGCCUCUCAUGUUCAUGGCAACAGCUCUGUCUGCUCUCCUCCUCCUAAAAUCCCUCCAUCCCUCUUCACCGUCCUGCCUUUUUAUCUGUCUAUACAUCCACUGUCCACUCAUGGUCACAAAGAGAGCCAAAGAGUGACUGAGCUUCUGAAAUGGCCCGUAUCAGAGACGGAGCUACUUAGUUCUCUGUUUCCCUCCCCCCCUGAGCCCUUGACCCCCUCUAAAAAAGAGAACAGAAUCAUGGAGGUCUGGAGAAAAAAGUCGCAGGUGCUCACAGGCUCCAGAAGGCCUGAUGGAAUCGGUACGGUUUUAGUCAAUGAGAAAGAACAUUUUGAAGAAAUCAAAGAACGACUGCGGGUCCUGCUUGAAAACCAGAUCACACACUUCAGGUAUUGCUUUCCAUUUGGACGGCCAGAGGGAGCCUUAAAAGCCACGUUGUCACUGCUUGAGAGGGUCCUGAUGAAGGACAUUGUGACCCCGGUUCCUCAGGAUGAGGUAAAGGCUGUGAUCCGCAAGUGUCUGGAGCAGGCAGCUUUAGUCAAUUAUCAGCGCCUCUCAGAAUAUGCCAAGGUGGAAGGGAAAAAGAGAGAAAUGUAUGAGCAUCCUGUCUUCUGUUUGGCGUCACAAGUGAUGGAUUUAACCAUUCAAAAUGUAGGGCGCUUAGUCACACCUGCCAAAAAGCUUGAGGACACACUCCGUCUGGCCGAGCUGGUCAUUGAGGUGCUUCAGCAAAACGAGGAACAUCAUGCAGAGGCUACACGCUCAAGUACGGGAGGUCAGGCGGGUAAAGAGGCGUUUGCUUGGUGGUCGGAUCUGAUGGUUGAACAUGCGGAGACGUUUCUGUCUUUGUAUGCUGUGGACAUGGAUGCGGCUCUCGAAGUCCAGCCGCCAGACAGCUGGGACAGUUUUCCUCUCUUUCAGCUGCUCAAUGACUACCUACGCAUUGACUAUAAUCUGUGUAAUGGGAAGUUUCACAAGCACCUGCAGGAUCUGUUUGCUCCUCUGGUGGUGAGGUAUGUGGAUCUUAUGGAGUCGUCCAUCGCUCAGUCCAUUCACAGAGGAUUCGAACGAGAGUCUUGGGAGCCUGUCAAGAGUUUAACAAGUAGUCUCCACAGUGUCAACCUCCCAAAUGUGAAUCUACAAAUGCCUAAAGUACCAAAUCUACAAGUUUCGGUUAAUCUGCCACCAAUGCAAAUGCCUAGCUUUUCCACAUCCAACUGGAUACCGGGUUUAUCAGAUACCGACAAUGGUUCGGGGACGUCUGAAGAUUUGUUUUGGAAGCUGGACGCUCUGCAAACAUUCAUUAGAGACCUGCACUGGCCAGAAGAAGAGUUUGCCAAACAUUUGGAGAUGCGACUUAAACUCAUGUCCAGUGAUAUGAUCGAGUCCUGUGUUAAAAGAACGAGAGCAGCAUUUGAGCUGAAGCUGCAGAAGAGUCCGAGAACCACAGACUUCCGCGUCCCUCAGUCCAUCUGCACCAUGUUCAACGUCAUGGUGGAUGCAAAGGUUCAGUCUGCCAAACUGUGUGCCAUGGAGCUCAGCCAAGAGUUUGUUAGAGAAUGGAGACAGUAUCACUCGCAAAUUGACAAUCUCAUCGAGGAGACGGUGAAAGAAAUGAUUACUUUACUCGUGGCAAAGUUUGUUGUAAUCCUAGAGAGUGUUCUGGCAAAGUUGUCACGUUAUGAUGAAGGCACACUCUUUUCCUCCUUCCUUUCUUUUACAGUAAAAGCUGCUUCAAAAUAUGUGGAUGUACCUAAGCCUGGGAUGGACGUGGCUGACAGCUAUGUGACGUUCGUUCGCCACUCUCAGGAUGUCUUGCGGGAUAAGGUCAAUGAGGAGAUGUAUAUAGAAAGGUUAUUUGAUCAAUGGUACACCAGCACAAUGAACCUCCUGGGCACGUGGUUGACAGACCGCAUGGACCUGCAGCUUCACGUCUAUCAGCUGAAAAUCCUCAUCAGAGUUGUGAAGAAAAAGUAUCGUGAUUUCCGACUGCAAGGCGUAUUAGACUCAACUCUGAACAGCAAGAUGUACGAGACUGUGAGAAACAGGCUGAUUCUAGAAGAGGCCACAGCAUCUGUGAGAGAAGGAGGGAUGCAGGGGAUAUCAAUGAAAGAUAGUGAUGAAGAAGACGACUAGAUCCUGCUGGAGACACUUCAGUCACAGCCACGGUUAUCGUGGCCUAAAAUAAUGCAUGUACACCACUGUCCAUCACUCGUACAGGUCUGGAUGUUGAUAAAGUCAUGUUUGAUGACAGACAAGAGACCAAUUUCAAUUGAAGUGACACAACAAUUUAUUAAUCUCCAUUUAGAUGAUGAAAACAACAUACUAAUUUAAAUUUAAAUUACUUUUCAAAAACAUUCUGGGUUGUUUCAAGCCACAUUUGGGUCAAUUUUUGACAUAUUGAUAUUAAUAAAUGUGAUCCUAGACCUCAA